AUGAUUUCAUUCAAAUCAAAAAAGAAAUAUCGUCAUAAAAUAUUUCAACGUCCAUCAUUAUUUGUUCGUUUUAAAUCUAAACAUCGUUUAAAAUCUGAUUUUGGAUUUAGUGAAAGACAAGAAAAAAAAUUUCAUUCAAAAUCAUUUUUUAAUAAUUUCUAUCGAAUAUAUUAUUCAUUAUGUAUAAGUGUAACAUUUAUUAUUCGUUUUGUUAUUUUUAUUGAUCGUAUAAUACGAAAAUUGAUUAUAUUUAUUGAAAAAUUAAUUCGAAUUAUUCGUAUUGUUCAUGGAUGGAUAGAAAUGAUAAGAUCAAUAUUUUUAGCUAUUUAUCUUAUUAUGUCACGUUUAAUGAUAUUGAUAUUUAAAAUUUAUCAAAUAUUUUAUUUAUUAUCUAUUUUAUUUGAACCAUUUCGAAAUCGAACUUUUGAAAAAGCUGUACGUUCUUUUUCACAUUUUAUUUAUGAAUAUUAUUCAUCAAAUGGAGCUUGUUAUACAUUAAAAGCUCGUACAAAUCAUGUUAUUGGUAAAAUAAGAGCAAAAUGGAAAAAAAAUUCAAUAAUUAUCCAUGAUGAUGAUAUUUAUUAUGAUGCUCUUAAUGAAGAAUAUCAAUAA